CCAUCUCCUCUUCUAAUCCUCCCCCCCCCCGGUGGGAUAGAGAAAGCCACAUCGCCCUAGCGAGCCGGCGAAGAAGGCAAAAGAGAAGAGGAUGUCUCGGCGGGAAGGCCGCGAGCCCGACUCCAGGCGACGCCGUUCCAGGUUCGACAGAGAGCCCAGUCCCAAGAGGUCUAGGAUGGAUGGAAAACCUGAAGCAGAGAGAGUCCCGGGCAACACUGAUCCUGGAGAGCGGGAUGGAAAGCAUGGUCGCCAACUGCUUGGCACAUCAUCACUUGAGGCACCCUCACGUUUUGACUCUAAAGCAGGGACUGUAGCUGAGGGUAAAGACUCUGAAAAGAAGGCCUUCGGAACAAAUUCCGAUGGAAGGAAGCAUUCUUCUGAUCUUACUGAAGUGCCUCGGUCAAGAUCUUAUUUCCAGCACGAUGAACGUGGUAGUGCCAGGCAAGGUGGUCGCAGCUCUGGUCAUAGAGCCCCUACUGAGCGAGGAUGGUGGAAAGAUUCAAAGGACCAAGGUACUGGAAGGGCAACCAACAAGACAGCAACUGUGGAUGUGAAGCAAAGAGAGGAGAAUCCACGUAAAGGAGAUGACCGCAGCGCUUGGCGCCACGAUGGGUACUUUGAGAUGGAGGCUAACCAAGCUCCGCUAGCUGCUCGUAAGAGACCUGCAUUCAGAGAGCAAAAGAUUCCAGCAGACAUUAAUGCUGAUAAAGUGACUGAUGAGGCUGUAAAGCCUAGCCAUACUGCGUUAGAUGGUGAAAGAAAUGAGGAACGAAGGCGUUACCUCCACAAUUCGGAAAGAUCUGGAAAAACUGAUUUCCGUGAUAGAGCACGGCCUUACAGGAGAGAGGAUCAGAGGGGUGGUGGGUUUAUAUCAAGAGAGAGAUACAGUGGCGGUGGCGGUGGCGGUGGCAACAGGUAUAAUAGAGGAAGAGAAUCUUUUACGGAUAGACAAACUUACCGCCCUGGUGGUGCUCGAAUAGAGAAGUGGACGCAUGAUUUAUAUGACGAGACUAACAAGAGUCCAUCCCCAAAGAAUGAAGAUGAUCGCUUGGCCAAGAUAGAAGCUCUCUUGGCUUCAUAAGCAUGUGCACAAGUGUAAAAUGGCAUUUUUUGUUUUUUGGUGUUCAGGUAGAAACAUCAGUUUAUUACAACAUAAUCUCUCCCAGUUCAUGACAUUUAGGUCUUGAUUGGCUGCUGUUUUUCUUAAUUAAGUUUGAUUGUAGCGCUGCAAAAGAAAUCCUGAUUGGGUUGGACCGACUUUUCUGCUUUCUUACAUGAGAGAAUUUUGUGAAUGCUCUUCAUCUCCAA